AGCGCCGCCAUGGGCGAGCUGGGCCCGGACGGUGAGGCCGGGAACACGUACAGCCUGCGGCCCGGCUUCCAGCGCCGAUUUAAAUCUUCUACUGUGAAAGAAUGUAUCCAUGCAAUACUGAAAGAGAAGUUGACCAAUGUACAGUACGUCCCGGAAGAAAUGCCUCAACUUACCAAAUCCUUAUCGGAGAUAAUAAAAGAUCGACUGAAAGAUGAAGGAUUUGAGAGAUACAAAAUGGUUGUGCAGGUGGUGAUUGGAGAGCAGAGAGGUGAAGGAGUAAAUAUGGCUGCGCGAUGUUUCUGGGAUGCUGACACCGACAGCUACGCUCACGAUGUCUUUAUGAAUGUAAGUACUGGCUGUUUUACCAUGGAGAAGUAUAAAGCUACUGCUGCUUGUGUGACAGUGAUCUUACAAUAUGGAACACAUAAAAGCAAUCACUAAACCAU